CCAUGUUUCAUUUUCCUUUAUUAGCCAUUCAAGAAUUCAGUGAUACGGACUCACUGCCUGACAGUGAAACAGAGGAAGAGGAGCUUGAAAAAGAAAGGGAAGAUGCUAUCAAAAAGCUGGAGGAAUUCAAGAACAUAUCUGAGCGGCUGCUUGCUGAGCUGUCAAUGCUAGAAGACGAGUUUGAAAUAGAGAAGACAUGCCGGGCACAGGCAGAAGUCUAUGCCUCUAAGGUCCAGAAGGAAAACCAAAAACUGAAGCGGAUCAGCAUGCAAGUGAUUCCCAUGUUACACGAGCUUCCUGGGGAGAUUCUGAGCCAAAACUGUCAGGAACCGCCCUCAGCCACUGACUCCGCCUCUGAUACGGAAUACGAGUACCAGCAGCAAAUCAAAUAUUUACAGGAAACUAUUAAUAAAUUACUGGAGGAAAAGAAGCAAGCAACAGUUGAAGUAGAGGAACUGAAAUGCCAGAUUAGGGCUCUAAACAAAAAGAUGGAAGAGGAAAGGUUGGAAAGAAACUCUCUUGUUGUGUCGUUGGAGCAGAAUCAGGGGAUGUUGUUGCAAUUAACCAAAGCUUCCCUGAAGGUCUCCCAGGAAUACAAAGAGAUGAUGCAGCAGCUGGAGUUGGAGCAGGACCUGCGGCACAAAGCAGAACUCUUUGCCCAUAAGAUGCUGAGGGAGCAGCAGGCCGUUAGCAGGCAGAGCUCGAUACUGAUGCAGAACGCUGAGCCCAGUAUGAUGUUGCUGAAGGCUCUGGAUGAAGUUGGCAGCCUGACUGCAGCUCUAGAAGAAACUAAACACGAUCUACAAGCAAAGAUACAAGAUUUAGAAUCCCAGCUAGAGGAGAGACCUUUACAGUCAGAGUUUGAGCUGCUUCAAGGAGACCUUAAAGUAACAAAGGAGGAGAAAAGCCAACUGGAAAAGAAGCUGGAAGCAUCUGAAGAAAAACAAACUAUCCUAGAACAGAAAGGUCAGUAUACCUGGAUCGGUGCCCUGGAGGAAAAACUAAGAGAAGCGGAAUGUACUUGCUUGAAAGAAGAAGAACAAAAGCCUGACCCAGUGCCGGUGCCACCACCUCCGCCACCUCCGCUGCCCCACUGCCUGUCUGGCAAGGCCCCAGAGAACCCAUUAGACUUAAUCAAACAAAGAAGAGGAUCAAAGGCAGCAGGAGAGAACCCAAGUAAAAGCUGUGAUGAUAUUAAAGCAGAUGCUGUGAAGGAGAUGAUGGACAGAAUUAAGAAUGGUGUGAUUCUGAGGUCAGCCCAGAAAGACAAACAGAGUCAGUCUGCAGCUGCCAUCAAACGAAAAAGUGUCAUCAGUGAGCUUCACGUCAUCCUGGAGGACACCAUGAAGAAGCCUGCUCGCAAGGCAAGUCGGAGAAGAAGUCGAAAAGUGAACGAAAGCGAAUUGGAGUCCGUGCUCAUGAGAAGGCGUAGAAUAGUGGAUAUUCCCCAAGUGACAGGCGGGGGCACGGACAGUCACAGUAACCCUCCAGGAAAAGAUGAAUCAAAACCACCCAUUGCUCCAUGGUCAAACGAGAACAGCCCAGUGCUGGUCAAGCUAAGACAGAGAACCAACGAGCUCCAGCGGAGUAGGAGAAAGGUUUUUUGAGACUGGCAUUGUCCUGUGGGACUAGAACUUUCCAUGAACUGAAAGUGUAGGUAUUGGUGGGCUAAUUUAGCACCCGGGCUCUCUUACUACAGAGCCAUGCUGGGGUAAUAUGUGCAAAAUGCAGUUUGACAUUGUCUUGCUGAGAAUAAGCCUUCCCAGAAACAAAUGAUCCUUCAUUAUUAAUGGUGCCUUUCCCAGAUGUGCCAGCUCCCCAUACCAUGUGCACUAAUGCACCCCCAUACCCUCACGGAUGUGCCAGCUCCCCAUACCAUGUGCACUAAUGCACCCCCAUACCCUCAAGGAUGUGCCAGUUCCCCAUACCAUGUGCACUAAUGCACCCCCAUACCCUCACGGAUGUGCCAGUUCCCCAUACCAUGUGCACUAAUGCACCCCCAUACCCUCACGGAUGUGCCAGUUCCCCAUACCAUGUGCACUAAUGUACCCCCAUACCCUCACGGAUGUGCCAGCUCCCCAUGCCAUGUGCACUAAUGCACCCCCAUACCGUCACGGAUGUGCCAGCUCCC